AUGAUGCAAUUUCCUCGAACCACAACGGAGAAGUCGCGGUAUGACACUUCCUUGAAUCUGACCACCAAGCGCUUUCUGAGCCUGUUGUCUGAGUCAGCUGACGGCGUGGUGGAUCUGAACUGGGCCUCUCAGGUCCUAGAUGUCCAGAAGAGACGCAUCUACGACAUCACCAACGUCCUGGAGGGAAUCCAGCUAAUCUCCAAGAAAUCCAAGAACAACAUCCAAUGGCUUGGUAACCGAAUCGAUGCAACAUUGGUUUCCCGCCAUAAAGACUUGCAGCAGGAGGUGUGUGACCUCACUGAGGCUGAGGGGCAGCUGGACGAGCUUAUUUCCAAAUGCAAUCUGCAGCUCCGGCUGCUCACAGAGGACCCACAGAACAAGAAGUUGGGCUAUGUGCGCUGCCAGGACUUGAGGAAGUCCUUUGAUUCCCCAGAUCAGCUGGUGAUGGUGAUCAGAGCUCCACCUGAGACCCAGAUGCAAGUUUCAGAACCCAGCGAGGGUUACCAGGUGUCACUAAAGAGCACGCACGGUCCAAUCGAUGUCUUCCUCUGUCCAGAGGACAGCUCUGGCGUCUGUAGCCCCAUGACAGGAAAUAGUCCCACAAAACCCAACACUGACCCCUCCCUGGUCCCGCCUCACACACAACCCACAGACCAAUCACUUUCCACACCCGCUCUGGAGGUGGGUUUAUCGUCCCCAGUGUCGACGUCUUCCACAGUGACAGCAGUCUCCCAGCAGGAACCGUCAUCACUGGUGUUAGGUGGGGACACAGGACACUUCAGCACGUGGAUUGCGGGAGACUGGGAUGAAACUGCUGACCUUCUGGUGGAAUGUCCUUAG